CUGAGUCGAGUUGAGGAAGUUGAUGGAUAUGUGAUGGAAGACGUCAGUUUUACCGCAAAACCAUCCAUGUUUUCGCUUCUUCUGUAUCUUUUCAACUUCAUGAGACCUUCGGUAUAGAAGGCCUAACUUCCAGCACCAUGUUUGAUCUUGGCAACUAUGACUUUCCGGAGUACCGAUCUGAGUGCAACUCCAUGGCUUCCUUCUCGUCCGGAACCGGCUCCAAGAAGCGGAGAGGAUCCUUCAUCAGUGAUAGUAAUGACGACGACGGCGACUCGCUCAAGAUCCCGAGGACGGCAGGAGACUGGAACAAGAGGUCUCCCAACAGACAAAACCAUAGUGAGAUUGAAAAGCGCCGCCGCGACAAGAUGAACACGUACAUCAUGGAAUUGAGCAGCAUUAUCCCAGUGUGCACAUCUAGAAAGCUCGACAAGCUCACAGUGCUGCGCAUGGCUGUUCAACACAUGAAGAUGCUAAGGGGGUCUCUCAACUCUUACACCGAGGGACACUACAAGCCCGCUUUCCUCUCCGACGACGAGCUCAAGAAUCUGAUACUGCAGGCAGCUGACGGUUUCCUAUUUGUUGUGGGGUGUGAUAGAGGGCGGAUAUUGUACGUGUCGGAAUCAGUCUAUCAGACACUACACUACACGCAGAGUGAGCUGUUAGGGACGAGCUGGUUUGAUAUACUGCAUCCAAAAGACUUAACAAAAGUGAAAGAACAGCUUUCAUGCUCAGAUAUCAGUCGUCGAGAGAGGCUUGUAGAUGCGAAAACUCUCCUUCCUGUAAAGACCGAUGUACCUCAGGGAUUGACCAGAUUAUGUCCAGGAUCAAGACGUGCGUUUUUCUGCCGCAUGAGGUGUAAAUCCGCACCGGUCAUGAAAGAGGAGGCCGACUCCUCCACCGGCUGCCAAAAGAAGAAAUCCAAGUCGCAAAACUCAGACAAGAAAUACAGUGUGAUUCACUUCACGGGCUACCUGAAAUCCUGGGCUCCCACCAAAGACCCUUUGGAAGAGGACUCGGAAAGUGACUCUGACUCGUGCAAUCUCUCCUGCCUGGUUGCAGUUGGCCGUGUUCACCCCCCUCUCUUGGCAUCCAGUACACGCGAGACAUCAAGGCUCAGUCGUGCUGCACCAACAGAACCAAUUGAAUUCAUCUCCAAACACACCAAUGAUGGGAAAUUUGUCUUUAUUGAUCAGAAAGCAUCAUUACUCUUAGGGUGGCUGCCGCAAGAACUCCUCGGGUCUAGCAUGUAUGAAUACUUUCAUCAGGAUGACAUUCCGUUCCUGGCAGAAACUCACCGGGCAACAUUGCAGAGUACGGAGAGUUGCAGUACCCAGGUAUACAGGUUCCGCACCAAGGAGGGGUCCUUCGUGAGAUUACAAAGCUCUUGGAGGACCUUCAAGAAUCCAUGGACCAAAGAGAUCGAGUACAUCAUAUCAAAAAAUAGUGUCGUAACAUCAGAAGCUGGGCUUGUGGAGAGCACCAUGGCGAAUGAAUCAGUGUCACAGUCGUAUAAUAGCUUUAACGAGUUCCUGAGUUCUCCAGACACAAAUCACCUGCAAGAUGCUUCACCUGUUGGAGGUGCAGGUUCGUCCAAUAGCAGCAGCCGGCUGGUGGGUGGUGGGAUCCAAGCAGGCAAGAUCGGAAGACAAAUUGCCGACGAAGUGUUGGACAAUCAGAGGCGGAAUGAUUCUGCAUCCAACAGUCCCGUGUCACCCUUUGAAGGCAUUCUGGGCUCAGGAGCUUCAGACCGCUCAUUUGCUGCACUCCUGCGCUCGGACCUAACAGCUCACAGGAACAAUGUGAAGAACAAUCAGUUGCUGAGCAGCAACACCAGCAAUAGCUCAAGUAGUGACACUAGCCGAUCUACACAGACUGGUAGCAAGAGUCACCGCAAUGCAGCCCAGAGCAGUGAAAGAAGAGGAUCCUUCAACCACAAUAACAACCACACACAGCCAGUGUCGAAUGAGAAUGACCUCAUGGAUGUGGUGGGCAGCCGUGACAUAGAGGCAGAUGGCACGAGCGACUCGGACGAGGCAGCUAUGGCAGUAAUCAUGAGCCUCCUGGAAGCAGAUGCGGGGCUUGGGGGUCCCGUUGACUUCUCCCAUCUCCCUUGGCCUCUGCCCUGAGUGCAAAGCAAGUGAUUUUUCACAUGUGUGUGUGACAGCUGUUCAUCUCUGUGCAGGAACCUCCUGUGCUUGUUUAGCAUUG